CAUGCGCCGGGCGGGGAGGGCCGGCGGCGCUGGCUCUUCCGGCCGCCUGGUGUGGAUCCGGGUGAGGGCUCGCGCCCGGCGAGCGGGGCUGGCCGCCUGUUUCCGGUUGUGCCGCGCUCGGCCGUCUGCGAAACGCGGUCGAGGUGGGUGCGACGGUACGGAGGUCCCUGCCCAAGGCCGACGGGAGCGUGCAGCGGCGUGUCGUGCCGUGUCGUGUCGUGGCGGAGCCGGACCGGGGCCGGGCGGUGGAAGGGCCUCGCGGCCGGGCCUUCGGGCUCGCUCGCUGGGAGGAGUGCUAGCAGUCCCUUGUUUACCUCCCGUAGAAGCACGCGCUUGUCUGAAGGAAGUGCCCCUCUGAGGGGCUGAGCCUGAGCUGCAGUGCUCCGGGAGCACCCCGCCGUCUCGCUCAAGGUUCUGUGCUAAUACUGCUUGCACCAUCUGCCAGAGCUGUCUGAGGAGGCUGGAGCACGAAGACAUUUUGCAGUGGUAAAAGGAUACAUGUUCACCUCGAGCACAGGAGCAUGUUCCCAAACUCCUCCAACUUGGGUCGUCCACCCUUUCCUCCUAAACAUCUACAACAGAAUAAUUUCCUCAAUAAGGUUCCUUUAAGUAUACGACCUGUUCUCUCUCACCAGCAGAUUAUUAAUGCUCAUGUUAACUUUCAGAAUGCAAUGGCUUCGUUGGGUGGGAACCUUGCGACUACACUGGUUCGUACACCGCAACCAUUGACUUAUGGAAAUGGCAGUCCGAUGAAUACCUCUGCUCCUUCCCCAACCUUCCGAGGAAAAAAAAGACUAAGUGAACAAAGUGUUCCAUAUGAUGUCAAACGGCAGCGAUAUCGUUCACCUCGCCGUGAAACACCUGUAGUUAACCAAGCCGUGCCUUCACCAGAAGAAAGUGCAUGUUUGUUUUCAGGAUCAUCUCCACUGUUCAAUGUGUGUUAUGUACCAGAUUUAAGUAUACGUGUUCCUCGAUUGCAAGAUAUUUCAUUUCUGGAUGUUAAAGAGGGAACACUUCCUGUGGCCAAAGAUAAGUUAAGUCAGCAGGUUUUGGAGUUGUUUCAAGCAUGCCAACAACAGACGUGUGAUUUGAAUAGAAAAGAGCUCUGCAGAUCAGAACUCCAGAGGGAAAUUCAGCGAAUUUUUCCAUGUAGCAGGCUCUUUUUGGUUGGGUCCUCUCUGAAUGGAUUUGGCACUCGUACAAGUGAUGGGGAUUUAUGUUUGGUGGUUAAAGAAGAACCAGUGAAUCAGAAGACUGAAGCAAGGCACAUACUCAGCUUAGUCCAAAAACUCUUCAGUACUAAACUUUCAAGGUACAUUGAGCGACCUCAGCUGAUUCGAGCAAAAGUGCCAAUAGUGAAAUUCAGGGAUAAAGUCAGCUGUGUGGAGUUUGACUUGAAUGUAAAUAAUAUUGUAGGAAUAAGAAAUACAUUCCUUCUGAGAACCUAUGCAUACGUUGAGAAACGUGUUCGUCCAUUAGUACUGGUUGUUAAGAAGUGGGCGAGUUUUCAUGACAUAAAUGAUGCCAGCCGUGGUACUUUAAGCAGCUAUAGUCUUGUAUUGAUGGUUUUGCACUAUUUACAGACCCUACCUGAACCCAUCCUUCCAUCCCUCCAAAAAAAUUACCCUGAAUCUUUUGAUCCUACUAUGCAGCUGCAUCUUGUUCAUCAGGCACCAUGUACCAUUCCUCCUUACCUCUCAAAAAAUGAGUCAAGUCUUGGUGAACUGCUAAUAGGCUUCUUCAAAUAUUAUGCUACAGAAUUUGAUUGGAGCCAUCAAAUGAUUUCAGUUCGUGAGGCCAAAGCUAUUCCAAGACCUGAUGAUGUUGAAUGGAGAAACAAAUAUAUAUGUGUAGAAGAGCCCUUUGAUAGGACAAACACCGCUAGAGCUGUACAUGAAAAACAGAAGUUUGAUACCAUCAAAGAGGAAUUUUUUAAGUCUUGGCAGAUAUUGCGAGACAAGAAAGACUUGAGCUUUGUAUUACCUUUGAGAGCCACCAUACAGAGAAGAUAACAAACUUCUUUCAUUUUCUCCAUAUUGGAUCCUGCUGAAAUAAAGAACAGUAUCAAAACCCAGGUUACACCCUUGUUAUUUUAUGAUGUGUUCUUCUUGUUAUAUUUUUGUUAAGGAUAUAUUUGUAAGAAAGACUUCAUAUUUUAUUAUUGAUGUUUAUUAAUGCAGUUGUUCACUCAGAGAUGUGUUUUCUGAGAACACUUGUAUUGUUGAUUUCUGGAAGAGAAUGUUGUGACUAAAGCAGCAGACCACAGGAAUAAAUCUGUUGUAAACAAAGUAUGGGAAUGUACUGACUUGUUUCCAUAAUCUGUGUUAUCAUCAAUUUAACAAUGAAAUAACUGAAAUCAGAGCUGAACAAUGUAUGAGUCUGUAUCCUUAAGGCAUUCUACCCAAACUCACCUUGAUGAGCAGACAGCUUGUGCUUUCUGUCUGUUUAAUGCAGUAUGCACUUUUGCUCAGUUUGGCACUUCCCAGUUCUAUUUUUCUUUUAUAUAGAACAAAGGCAACACUUUAUGAAAAUUAAGCUAGAUUACAGUUGGUAAUGUUCUGGAUAUUAAGAACUGUAAUCUAAAAUGGAAUUUUCAAUCAACAGUUCUAAAAGAAAGUUGAACUGAAGAAGGAUAAUUCAGUUUAUGUAAUUGAUUCAUGUUCACAUAGCAGGCAAGAUGAUUUUUAGUGUUUCGUUUACAAAUUCAAAGUAGUAGCGAAACCUGCAUAAAAUACCCCCUGCCCUACAAUAGCUACACUAAGCUGGGAUUUUGUUUUGAUUUUGUGUAAAUGUUUGUUAACUUGUAGGCUGCUGUAAAUUGAUUUCAAAUAAGUAAUCUUAAAAAUUGAAGCUUUUCCAAACAAUAAAGUAAUGAAACUUUUUAGACCUGCUGUAGCACAGUUUGUGCCUGUCAUGUGUUUGUUAUUGAAGACCAAUUCAUUGUCAAAGCUGUACUUCUAAUUGAUGUCAAAUGUAUAUUUUCCUUUUUUUUUUUUAAUAUUUUGUAUAGUGUCCUGUGGAAUAAAGUUUCUAGAGAAUACAGCUUUCUCUGAUGUUUUAUGUUCUUUUGUAUUGGACAUUUGAUAUAGUUCCUAUAAUUAAGUAGAAAAGGAAAUGAAUGUAAAGGUCAAAGCACCUGUUACAAAUAAAAAUUUUCUACGGGUA